AUGUCUGACGUCUCUCCGACGCACCCGCUCGUGCUGCUGUACGGUUUUGGCACCGCGUCGGCCCUCAUCACCGGGUACACGCUCUACUCGCGCCACCUGCGCCGGAUCAACGUCGCCACCGACAUCCCGUCGUACAUGUUUCGAAAAAGGUACCUGUUUGGCAAGGUCACGUCGGUCGGCGACGGCGACAACUUCCACAUGUUCCACCUGCCGGGAGGGCGUCUGGGCGGCUGGGGGUGGCUGCGGAAGAUUCCAGAGAUAAACACGUUCCGCACGCUGAAAAAUAGGACCAUCCAUGUUCGUCUUUGCGGCGUAGACGCUCCAGAAAGAUCGCAUUUCGGCAAGCCUGCGCAGCCGUACAGCGAGGAGGCGUUGCAGUGGCUGCGGAGCUACAUUCUGGGGCGAAAACUGUACGUGAAGCCGCUGAGCCUGGACCAAUACAACCGGGUGGUUGCAAAGGUGUUGGUGCUGAAAUGGAACGGGUUCCGCGACGUGAGCGAGGAGAUGAUCAAAAACGGGAUCGGCACGGUCUACGAGGCGAAGCAGGGCGUCGAGUUCGACGGCAAGGAGGCGCUCUAUCUGGCGUGGGAAAAGUACGCCAAGCGCGAGAAACGGGGCCUCUGGAAGGACAAGAACAAGAAAAGCUUUGUUAGCCCGAGAGAAUACAAACGGAUCAAUCCACAGACACACGCUGCUCAGCACGAAAAACACCCAGCCGUCCACGGUGGUGAACAUGUCUUUCAGCAGCAGCACCAGACCGUCCUUGCCGAGACAGAAGCCAAACAGGUUGGCCAGCAUCAUCAUCCAGAUGUUGAUGAUGGCCCCCACGCCGCACAGGUGUCUGAACCACCACUUGUUCUCGUAAGGCUUGGCCAGCUGCGUGGCCAGCAUUUCCGGCAGCAAAAACAGCACAAUCAGCCACCCCCAGAUCAGCAGCCGCAGCUCGAUGUCGUGCCAGAUGGCCACAAACGUGAACACCGCAAACGACGCCACGAUCCGGCUCUUCGCGCCGCCCAGAGGCACGUACACAUACCGCACGACCCACUUGUUGUACGAGCGGUGCCAUGCCCGCCAGAACUGCAUCGUGGAGUAGUUGUUGUCGACGCAGCGGAUCAUGUUCUCUGGCGGGUCGAUGCCGUCACAAAGAGCCCAGAAUCUGAACACCCGCCACGGAAUCAGAAGCUUGAGCCAUAUAAUAUUCAGGUUGAACAGCCCGAUCAUCGAGAUCUGGAACGGAGUGUCGCCGUCCCAGGCCUUUGCUUUCGACACAGCAACCACAUAUAUGUAAUGCAGAAUGAACUCCAUGAGCAUGAUACAGCACACCAGCAGCAGGCCGUACGUGGCAGUCCGUUUCCAGCUGAUCGAGCUCAGCGGGUGGCGCGUCUGGUAGAUGUAGUCGUUGAAGGUGAGAAUGGGGCCUGCGAUGAACAGCGGAGUGUAGAAAACAUAGGCAAAGUAGUGCAGCAGCGAGUAGUCCUUGUCCUCAAGCGGGUAGUUCUGUCUCUGUCUCUCAUCCAGUUCGCCGGCGUCCUUGCUUUCCUUGUCUUUUUUCGGCUGUCUCCAGAGAUAGUCCAGAUUGAAACUGAGGAGUCUGAGCAGUGUGAAGUUGAAAAACACGUCCCAUCUGGCAACCAGGCCCUUGAAAGAGUCCAUGAACGCCAGUGCGGGCGAAAGCUCGCCAAACUUGACGGCUCGGUAUCUGUCGUUGAGGAACAGCGUGGCCAGGCCGUAGGUCCACAGAAGAGCCAUGCUGAGCUUUUUGCUGGGAACGCGGCCAAACGCGUACAUGACCAUGGUAUGGAACAGAAUCCGGAGACAGUUGAAGCCGUGGGCGCCGAACAGGAACAAAAGCCCAAAAACAGCGUCAAAUACCACCUUUUCGGUGCCCAGACUCAGAAAGACCCUCUUCAGCACCAGAUGGAACACCAUCAGCGCCGCGAUCAUUGGCACGUUGUCUCUGAAAAACCGGUACUGGCUGUCGCUGUUGUCGACUUUUCGGCCAAACAGCCAUCCGUCGCUCAGAAUGCGCUCGUAGCGGUAGUAAUUGGGGUUUGUCUCGUUGCUAGCCUCCAUGGCGGUCUUGACCAUCAAUGGGACAACCACCAUGAACGCGACGGCGUAGAGCCUGAACUCCAGGCUUUUCCACCGCGAGGGACCUGCUCUUUUGAUGAUUUCGGCCCUCUUUUUAGGAUUGGCCGGCGCACAAAGCCGCGCGUCCAAAGUUUCCAGCGAAAGAAACUUGUAGAUGUAAGAGAUCAUAAAUAA